AUGGAUCUUCGUUUGAGAAAACGGCCUCGAAACUCUGCCAAGUCGGCGGAGCGCCCCGGCGAAGGCGUCCGCGCCCCCAUCACCCCCGCCCCGGUUGCCCAGUUCCACGAUGCUCCUCGUUCCCACCGGCAGCGCGGACCGGAUCGCAGCCUCGCGCAAGAGAUCCGCUCGCCAACGAACUCCCUAGCCGGCAACGUACAGAUAGGAAGAUCUUUUUGUUGCUCAGGCGGAACAGCCCGGGAGCGCGAUUCUCCCUGCUCUCCGGCGAGCGCCUGGCCGGAGUUUCUCUACCGGGAGUCGGGCGCCGCCCGAGGAGACGGAGCAAGCCAGCAGGAAAGGAGAGCCGGAGAAAGUCUGCCUGAACGAGCGGCACCAGCUCGGCCUCGGUCACCGGGGCCCCCGCCCAGGUUGGCGGGGGUGGUCGCCGCCUCUGCCUCGGGCGCCCCUCCAGCAGAGCGCCGCCGCCGUCCCCCGCCUCCUCCCCACCUGCUCCCUCGCCAGCCAGCCAGCCAGCCGCGCGCCCUAGCCGGAGAGCCCCGGCCGUCCCCGUCGCGCAAUCGGCUGGAUCUCCCUUCAGCAGGCCGUGCUGACAACUCGGCCCAGGGACCCCCCAGCAGCGGAUCUCCGGCCCAGCGCGAGGCCCCGUUGAAGAAUCCGGCCGCCGGCCGCCAAGUCUCGUGGCGCCCUGAGCGAGGGUCUCUCCCCAACACCGCCACCUCGAACUGCGUUCUCCCGGCUCCCCGAGCGAGCCAGCGGCAGCUUCCCGGGCGCUCUUCCCGACUCUGCCUCCGAAGAAGCAGCAGCCCCCGCCGAGGUGCAUCCCAAAAGUUGGACGACGACGCGUCUCGGAAGCAGCCCGCCUCCGCCACUGCCGGCACUCGGAGCCGUCCAAAGCGCUACCGGCGAGGCUUCCCUAACCUUCUCCUGCACCGCUCGCGGCUCAAAAGUACGAAAAGGGGGGGUCAUUCUUUCCCCGCGCCCCAAGCCUAUCACCUUCAAAGCGCCCACAAAUUCGUCUCCCGCCACCGCACCCCGCACAGCCUCCAGAAGUCGGGUCUCCAUCUCCUCGACCCCUCUUCUCUCCUUUCCCGACCCGUCCUCUCUCAACUUUGCGGUUCCGCCAGCCUCGCCUCCAAAAGGCAGCCCCGCAAACCUUCCGCAUCUCGCGCCUCUCCUCACCCCUUCCUAUCUCCGCCCCCUAGAACCCCAUGCCAGUCUCUCUUCCCCCCUCCCCACAUUCCACUCGGCCUUGGAGGGUCCCCUUUGCGCCUCCGAACCCAGUUCUUGCGCCUUCGACAGCUUCGGGAGAUCUCUGGGCGCCUGCCUCUCCCCAAACACCCCACCGCCGCUCCACCGAGCCUCGCACCUGCAGAGGAACCCAGAAAGACGCCCGCCCGCCCGUCUCCAAACACAUCCUCACGGAGUCCUUUCCAUCUCUGCCCUCCUCGACGGGACCGUCCCUACCAAGCCCGCUUUGUCCCCCCACGAAAGUCGUUCUCCCUCCGUCCGUUACCACCCCCCGCCCGCCCCCGCCGGCUGCUCGGUUGUCCUGCCCGUCAAAGGCUCAGAGCUCAGCCAAAGUCCCUGGCUCGGGAGAAGGAGGAGGGAGGAAAAGAGAAACCGGGGGGCGUCUCCCCGACGGCGCUGCACGGAAAGCCCCCGCGUGCCCCCUUUCCCUCCCCUGCUCGCAAGCCUGGCUCGUGGCCGGUGCCUGCUGCCCAGCCAGCUGCAAGCACAGCAGCGGGAGCAGCUGCUGCUGCUGCUGCUGCGAGCGCAGAGCCCGCUUUGCCCGCCCCUGCGAGUCUGCGACGCGCCGCGACUCGGCUCCCUGAAUGACAGCUUACCUGCAUGCCAAUCUUCAUCAGACUGACACCGGCCUGACAGCGCAGCCUAUACUCACUGCCUGGCCCUGCCGCGCGUCAGCCCGGCCCCGCCCUCGACGGGCACACCUCCUCCUGCCGCCCGCGCACCGCCCCCAGCCCGGCCCCGAGCGCUGGUGCUCGACAGGCGAAGCGCGCACCCGCGCGCACUCGCGCUCCCAGCCGGCUUGUCUCCCCCUAGCGGACUCGCUCGCCUUUCAAGCGGCCGCCUCCGCUGCUAAGAGGAGAUCCUUUCCCCGAGCUUUUUGCCUGCUGGCGUCUAGAGAUGCUCUCCCAGUGGGUCCCAAAACAGGGCGUCUCUAGCUCUCUACUUUGAGGGAAGGAAGGGGCACAGUCCGGCAGGUGCGGCUUGCCGGAAGAAAAUCCUUGGUAGUUCUUCUUGUUCCAGUUCUGGAGGAAUGUUGCGGCUUAAAGAGUUGCCAACUUAUCGGUUUCUGUGCACUAAACUGCACAGCACUGCCUGCCCUGAUUCCGGCGGAUUCCUGCAUGUUGAGGUUUCUGAAAAGGGCACACAGGACUAGGAGAGACUGGAUUUUAAUGCUGGCUGGUUGCCUCCACCCCGCCUGUAUUUUUACCGGAGAGUGAGUCCCAAAGCUGUUCUCUUUCUUCCAGUUGAUCCGAGAGGGAAUGGGGAAAAUAACAUAACCACUUGUUGGUAGCCUUUGUUCGUUAAAAUUGGCAAUUAUCUUACACUCCCUUCCCUGCCUCUGUUUAAAAAGGCCACAGUACUGAGGUUUUUGGAAAUAUGCAAAUUUAUUUAAAGUUAAUUAACAAUUAAUCUGUCAGAAGGCGGAAGAUCAAUCAAUUAAAAUUCUUCAAUCAGUGACA